GAUCGGUGCAAAGCAUGCUGGUCUCAGGCGGGCUCCGCUCAACGAUCCUUCUUCAAAGCAUGGUUGCUGAGUACCCAGUGUUGCGAGGAGUUUUUUAACUGGUAUUUUUCUCGUUUGUCAGGGUUAAACGUUAAGUACCACUUGGUUUUGAGUACAGUCUUAGGUAUUGUGUGGCUGCAGGACAGGACCAGAAAUCUAAGCUCUAGAGCUGUAGCCGCUGCCCCCUCGUUUGUGCAUCCUUCAAACAAAUUUUAAGGGGCAGUUGUCAUAAAUCGGGGGUGCCUCUCGAUGGCGGGAUCCAGCGGAGACACAGAGCCAGAGAGCGCGUGAGUCGAUAUCGGAGAGUUCUCUGCUUCAGUUGAGGAGUGGGGCGAACUCCUUUGAUCGAUGGAAGGAAAAGCAGAGUUGAAGGGUUUGAGCAUCAUCUGCAGGCCAGAGUGAAAGCGAUUUGGAAUGUGGUUGUGGAUCGGAAUAGAUCUGUGCCAGAUGAAUUUCCUCAGACUGCACCCCGGCAAAUCGGUGACCCCUCUGCUUUAGGCGGAAUGAUCUAGCCAAGUGGCAAUCAUGAGUGAAUGGAUGAAGAAAGGCCCCUUAGAAUGGCAAGAUUACAUUUACAAAGAGGUCCGAGUGACAGCCAGUGAGAAGAAUGAGUAUAAAGGAUGGGUUUUAACUACAGACCCAGUCUCUGCCAAUAUCGUCCUUGUGAACUUCCUUGAAGAUGGCAGCAUGUCUGUGACCGGAAUUAUGGGACAUGCUGUGCAGACUGUUGAAACUAUGAAUGAAGGGGACCACAGAGUGAGGGAGAAGCUGAUGCAUUUGUUCACGUCUGGAGACUGCAAAGCAUACAGCCCAGAGGAUCUGGAAGAGAGAAAGAACAGCCUAAAGAAAUGGCUUGAGAAGAACCACAUCCCCAUCACUGAACAGGGAGAUUCUCCAAGGACUCUCUGUGUGGCUGGGGUCCUGACUAUAGACCCACCAUAUGGUCCAGAAAAUUGCAGCAGCUCUAAUGAGAUUAUUCUGUCGCGUGUUCAGGAUCUUAUUGAAGGACAUCUUACAGCUUCCCAGUGACAGGCCAGGAAGUGUGAACAUACUGAUAGAAAAAGACUAUUUUUUAUCCCUCAUAAAAUGUUUUGAAUGUAAAGGUACAUGACUGUGUGUGUGUAUGUGUGUGUGUGUAUAAUUCUUUGUUGUUUUGGUAAAAUCAGAGGAGUGGGUUGUAAGUGCUAAUUUCCUUGGGAAAUGAACUAGGGCAAGUAUAGCAUCCCAUGCAUAAAAUUAGCACAGGGACAUCAGAAUUGUAUGGGUCUUCUUUUUUCUUUUUUUCUUUUUUUUUUGAGAUGGAGUCUCGCUCUGUUGCCAGGCUUGAGUGCAGUGGUGUGAUCUCAGCUCAGUGCAACCUCCGCCUCCCAGGUUCAACCGAUUCCCCUGCCUCAGCCUCUCAAGUAGCUGGGACUACAGGCACGUGCCACCACUCCCAGUUAAUUUUUUGUAUUUUAGUAGAGAUGGGGUUUCACCUGUAUGGGUCUUUUCUUGUGAUGGGGUUACACCCCCAUUUUUGUUAGGCAAGAAAAGCAUUUGGAAAAAAAUGUAACAUGUUAGAUUCAAUAUAAAAUAUUAUGGUAAGAUCA